AUGGGUGAAAUUGUUCCUUCGAAAGAUGAUGCUACCAAAAUUGAUAUUUCACAUCCCUACUUCCUUUCUCCAUCUGAUUCACCGGGAAUGAGUCUUAUCAAUACCAUUUUCGAUGGAUCAAGUUAUGGAAAUUGUAAAAGAGGAAUUCUCAUCUCCUUGUCAGCCAAAAAUAAGUUAGGAUUUAUAAAUGGUACCUGCAAAAUACCAGAAAAGGAAUCAAAUCUCAUAAUACAGUGGACACGUUGUAAUGAUAUGGUUCUUUCAUGGCUUUUAAACUCCUUAAAUAAAGAAAUUGCUGAGAGUGUUGUUUACUUACAGACUGCUGCAGAUUUAUGGAAAGAGCUUGAAGAAAGAUAUGGCCAAUCUAAUGGUACAAAACUAUACCAACUUCAAAGAGAGCUCAACCUGAUUAAUCAGGGAUCCAAUGAUGUGGCGUCUUAUUUCACUAAAAUAAAAAGGAUCUGGGAUCAAUUAAGAGAGCUAAACACUUUUACAACUUGUUCAUGUGCUUGUACUUGUGAAGCUAAGGAACAUAAUCACAAAAUGGUUGAAGAUCAAAAGUUGAUUCAAUUUUUAAUGGGAUAG